AGCUGACUCCCAUGUUCCCCCACGAACCCGGAACCGUCAUCGGUGUCGAGGCAACAUCCUACCUCCAACAGAUCAUCGACGAUCCUCCUUCCCACGAACCACUCCUUGCAGCACUUGGGGGAGAUCCGAUUGGCUUGAAGCAACACCUUGAGAAUGAGCUAAAUAGAUGGAAGGACAAUAAUAUGAGGCCGCUCUUUGUCUUUGAUGGUUUGAAUGUUGUCGGUAAGGAUGAGAUCAUCUUGGAGGCUGCCAGAGUUGCGCUCCAGAAGACAAACCAUGCUUGGACCUUGUAUGGGGAGAACCAACCUGCGGAAGCUGUCAGUGCUUUCGGAGCAUCAGCUUGCAUACCUACUGAACGAACACGAGAACGGAAAUGCAUAUAUUGACACCGUCAUGGGAUCAAGAGAGCUUCUCCUUUACAACAUUGAUCCUCUCAUCCUUCCCAUCACCCCAGCAGAUUGGGAGAACAAAACCUUCCGUGGAUUAUCCAAGGAGCACAUAAUCGACGCCCUCAAUAUCGACCACAACAGAUCACCAGACUUCCUUGAAGAUGCUUUGCUCAUGGCAGGCACAUCGUUCUUGCCUACUUUCCCGGCCCUCCUCGACACUGAAAUGUACAAAGAGCCGCCAACUCUGUUAAACAUCCUCAACCUCCUCCGAGCUCAAGAAAAGUCGGUUGAUAAAGCCUCGCGCUUCUUCGAGACGGACCUGAAGCUACGAGAUCCUAAGUGGUAUGACAAAUACAUGAAGGCAAAGAUGGGUUUGAGGCAUCCUGUAACCAUGACUUUGGAAGGUGCCGUCGUUACCAAGGAGUGGGACAAACUCACAGGGGACAAUAACCAAUACCUUGGCUUGCAGCUUCCUCUAGAGUUGCAUUUCUACCUCUCAACGGCUUUGGUCGGCCCCAGAACUCUGAAUUAUUUUGUAUCACUAAAAUCAGUCGUUUUUCCAACACUCGACGGCGUUACUUCCGACGAAUACAAGCGUUUUGGUUCGAUGAGGAUGCCAAGCAAACUUUGGUCCAUCGCAAUAUGCAAACACAGGUCAACCAGAAGGCCGAUACUUGGGGAGUCAAUGACGCACUGCUCAGCCCGCAUAAGGGCGUCGGCCGUGGACCCGGAACUUUGUCAUUCGCCCUCCUUUCUCUACAGAUUGAAAACUUCCCACGAAGCACUAUUUCCAGGGACAAGGUCACUGGACUCAAUUCCAAAUCCGAAGUCAUCUCCAAUGCCUUAUGGCGCCUCCUCCAUCUCCGAGGAUAUGUCAACGACCAGCACGAAUUAACGGCCUGGGGUAGGGCUCUUGCAACGACCAUGAAAUC